AUUUUACACUUUGGCGUCCGCGUCCCACCCAUUUGUUUACAUUACCUUGUCUUUUGAGCACAAUAACAGAAGGAGCAGAGAGCUUUGUCAUUUAGGACAGUGGACUUCCCCCCGAAGCCGCGCCAAACCCUCGUGAUUGGCUAGACCGAUGCAUAAAUAUUACACAAGACGUCGCCAUUAGGUUUAUAGGCGGAACUGUACUCAGAAAAGCAAGACGCACUGACAGCUAGCUAUCUUACAGUGGAGCGGGCCUUUAACAUUUUAACUGCGCCACAAAUAUUUUAGAGCGAAAAUUGGCCUGAAAGUAAGUCGUGAGAAGACUCGACCAUGUCUAUGACCGUGAAAGCCUAUCUCCUUGGGAAGGAACACAUACCGAAAGAAAUUCGUCGCUUUGCUGUCGACCAAGAUGUUUCAACGAGUUUUGAGUAUCUGAAUCGAAAGGUUGUUGAUGUUUUCUCAACACUGCGAAAUGUCCCUUACCAAAUGUUUUACAAAGGUAAGCCUAUACUGUCAGUGUUUCAUUAUAGGCCUAUGUUGCUGUGUUUUCGAUGGUGUUAUUGUCAUAAAUAUUCCUGGUGGUAAUUUUGCUGUAAUAUUCCAUAACAUCGCGCCCGACAACGUAAUGCACUAUUACAGUAAAGUUAGUGCGCACUUUACUACGUAGCCUACUUGAGUAGGCCUAUAAACUGAUUCAUGUCGAGUCAUAGGCCUAGACUAAAGUGCGUCAAGAAGUUGAUAAGUGAAAUAAGCAGCUGACUGAAAGCUUCAAUAACAGGAGUGAGCUUGACCAAUACCAUAAUAGAUCUCAAGAUGACAAUUUGUCUUUAUGCACCAUGUUCCACUAGAUAAAUCCGAUAGAGCUGGUACACAGGUCAUUAUUAAAGUCUACAUUUGACAUUGCAUUUCAUAGUGAAUGUCAGAUAGAAAUAGAAAUAGAGUGAGCAGCAAAUAGGCCCUAUUUCAUGUAUGUCAUGCAAUGAUGUAGAUAUAUAUAAAAAAUAAUCCGUUACCAAUUAUAGUCUUCAAUAGCCUGUACCUGUUCUACUACAUUUCUCCGAGCUCGCCCUACCUGUAGGCAGUGGCGGCUCCUGAAAAAAUUCUCAGGAGGGGCAAUUUUUCUGAUGAUUUAGGUGACCUACACACAUUUAAAAAAAUAUAUGUCCAGCAACAACAUGAAGACAGGGGCAGCAUAUAAGUCAAUACCAGAAGCAUUUAUUGACUGAUCUCAAAAGUGUUGGCUUACCAGGGUUGGUGGAGCCCUCAGUUUCAUCUUUGCCUCGCAAAGCUAACUCAAACACUCCGCAAAACUUCACACACUGGAUUAGCCGGCUGAGGAUGUGGCGGUUCUUGCUAAUGUCGUAGUAAAUAUAUUUGUUAUAGUGAAUAUGGAAUAUGAUAUGUUGAGUAAAAUGUUGUGCUAAGAUCUAUUUAGGUCAGGAGCUGGUUAUAAGUUCUGUUCCUAUCCAAUAACAAUGGACAAAAGGGUCCUAUCUUGUCAGCCUUGUCAGCAGGUGGCCAAGGACAACACCCACGCCAUAGGCCUCUCAGUUCUUCCAACUCACGAGUUCUUGCUCUGAGGACACACACACACACAAACACACACACACACACAUCAUCACUGUUAAACACACACACACACACACACAUCAUCACUGUUAAACACACACACACACACACACACACACACAAAAAUCCCCUCUCUUAGGCUGAACAUUUGAAGACAGAGAACCCGACUCAGAGCCAAUGCAACAGUGACAGUAGCCUGCAGGGGACCUCGCCCAACUCAUCAGGACCAAUCAGAAGAUCAGAACUACUAGAUUGAACCUACUUCAUUUAUUGCAUAAAAUGUCUGCACACAAUGUUUCGGGGCUCUCUUCAGAUAAUAAUAAUAAUAAUAAUAAUAAUAUGCCAUUUAGCAGACGCUUUUAUCCAAAGCGACUUACAGUCAUGCGUGCAUACAUUUUUGUGUAUGGGUGGUCCCGGGGAUCGAACCCACUCCCUUGGCGUUACAAGCACCAUGCUCUACCAGCUGAGCUACAGAAAGUGGAUACUCAUGGAUGCGCAUUGCAAUUGUAAAAUGUCAACACAAUUGGAGACACCACGUCAUUUUUGGAGACAUGUUAUUGACAGUAAACUAUUGUAGAUGCGACUGCUAACUAAAUAAAACAUUUUAGCUGGCUAGCUAAUCAUCUUAGCUAAAUGUGGGGCAAACAAUUCAGUUAUUUACCGUUAAUUUGAGGGAUUGGGGUGAAAGAAAUCGAGUUACAUAGUGAUACUUUACGAUAUACUGUAUUGACAAUAUCGCAAUAUUUUAGCGCUAGUUGGCUGUACCUGCACCAAAACACCAUUAUUGUUCCUUCAUAGCUUGUUCUCAAUCUUUUCACAUUGGGAGCAAAUUUGUUUUCAGCACUUUUAUUUCCAUGACUGAUCAAAACUCGUUCUCAUGGCUUUCUGAUCCCUCUGCAACAGACAUAUGGUGCGCAAUAAAAUCACAGUAUCGAAUCGCAAUACGUAUAGAAUCAUGAGACUCGCAAUGCUGAUGCAUAUAUCUUAUCGUGAGGUUCCUGGCAAUUCCCAGCCCAAGUUCAUUUGCCACAACAAAUCUCUUCGCUAGCAAACGCGAUGUCUUCUCCAAAACGGCAAUGUGUCUCCAGCAAUGUUUACUUUUUUGACGUUCUAUGGCAUCUCCACUUUCCAAGCAUAUAUGACCACAUGUAAUAUUUUGGUAAGUGAUGCAAAUAGUGAACUAUGUAGGGCCAGGAUGUAAAAUAUAUGUAGCUGCAGCAAUUUCUCUUAUCUGAUAUGGUAAGUAAUGGGGCUUAAUUUAUAGCUCCCUAAGAGUUUGACGAACGGGUCCGUGAACGCGAUUCCAGAUAUAUUUACCUCUGAAUAAACUGCCUUUAUUACACCAUAUCCACAUCCAGUAAACUUGUGAUUAUCAACACUAACCUCAUCGUUGUGGCGGCGGACAGCUAGCCUGUAUCCCUCGUCAUCCAGUUGAGUGAGUGGCAAUGUCUUUUUUCGUUCGUACCAAUUUUUGGAAAAUCCUCGGGUGUAGGACUUUCCGCCUUUAGUAGAAACCUGUUGAAUUAUUAAAUUUGGUCUGGGAGGUCCUAAUUGUUUCGUUGCCAAUUUAUCUUCAUUUGUUCGCCGAAUCGCCGACAAAAAGGAACUUCUUUCAAACAAUCCACUCUUUUCUCAGUUACGUUCAUGGUUACGUAACGUAUGACGUAAGUGCAAGCCCACAGACACCCAUUGAGAUUGUAUUGAAGGCUCUGAAAUUUGAAAAAAAUAGAUUUUACAUGGGAGUCUAUGACAGAAGUUCUGGGCGAUUUUCAACCUGACUGAAAUCGCCCCAAAAGGGGGGGGAGCCAUUUGAAGCACGACUUUAGCCUGAUUCGACAUUUAGUGGCAGUGUGGCACUGUGGCAGAUCAGACGUAUAGAUUACAACACUGAUAACUACUGUUGCCGUGAUAUAAUUGAUUAGAAAAAAAAUCCCUUCCUUUUCCCGUUUGGCAGUGCGUCGCCCAUAUCGCCCUAUUGAACAGGCCGCCCCUGCCUGUAGGCCUACCAUCUGUUCAUAGUGGACAAAAUAUCCCAUAGAUAUGGGUCUCUUGUGGUAACUUAGCAACAUGGCAUUAACACAGAAGAAAAAAAAAAAAAAUACAAUUCUGUAAGAGCGCUCCUCCCAAUAAGCUUACUUAACCCAAGUAGGGUAUCAAAGUUGACCUAUUUCAUACAGUAGUAUUAUUGACUGGUACCACAUCACAAAAUUGAUGUUUUCCAUAUUGGGCAUCAAGGUUGGGGUCAAUUCCAUUCCAACAGUCAAACCAGGAAGUUAAUUAUUUUUCAAUAUUGAAAAAAUUGGGGAUUUUCAAUAACUGAACUGGAAAUCGACAAUCGUGUUGGUCUGAGCACAACACAUUUGUAACAAAAAUAUUCCCUUAACUAACCUUUGUUUCAAAUAAAAAAAGCCACUGAGGAUAAGCUGUGGACAGAUGUCCUUACUAGUGAACUCUCACUGCUAUUAUCUAAUAAUCUGUUCUAGAUAAGGAGCUGACAGCAAACAAUGGCUUGUGAAACAAGUGAGGAGAUCAGUGUGACAAUGUAUUGUCUUUUUUGUUUACCAUGUACCCAGACGAGGACGAUGACAUGAUCGCCUUCUCCACCGACGAUGAGCUCAUCAUGGGCCUCACCUGCAUCAAGGAUGACACCUUCCGCCUCUUCAUCAAGGGUGAAUCUUUUGUGAUCAGAUGGUGCAUUUUGAAAUAUAAUAUAUAAAGAUGAAUCAAUCUGGUAUUAAUGUGUAAUGCAUUGUCAUCAUUACCACUAUUAUAAUGACAUAGCAUUCUCAUUGUUACAGACACAUUGUAGUUAUUAAUACCUACCCGCAUAUCCUUUUUUUCUUUCCCUUACAGAGAAGAAGGAGCACAGGCGCGAGUUCCCUGCUUUUGCCUUCCCGGGCGGUGUCCCUCCUUUCACCUUCCCCCCUCACCCUGGAGCGCCCCAUAUGGGACCUCCUCCACCCCAUGGCCCACCACCCCAUGGUCACGGCCCCUACGGGUCCCCCAUUGUGCACCCCAACGUUACCUGUGAUGAAUGCGAGGGCCCGGUGACGGGGACCCGUUUCAAGUGCACCGUGUGCCCCAACUACGACCUAUGCUCCCCGUGCCAGGCCAAGGGGCUCCACAAAGAGCACGUCCUCCUGCCCAUCUGGCAUCCCUUCAACAACACAUUCGAGGUGAGACACAUAUGUUUUAAUAGGUUUGUCUUGUUUUAAGGUGGAUAUACUUGCAUAUACACAUAUCUGAGCAAUUUAAAACAUCACUGAAAGUGUUUUAUUAGUCCAGAAACAAAAACGGGACUAUCUAUGUGUGGUUAGGGAGAGAAAAAUUGCCUCUAUAGUUUGAUCUUGUUCUUCUACACAGUGGUUCCCUCGUGGGAAGUGGAUGCGGAAGAUGAGGCACUGCAUGUGGGCUCAGGCCCAAAGCCAGGCCCAGCCUGGUCCCUCUGUGUCCCAGCCAGGCCAGGCGGCCCCCGAGGACAGUCAGCCCUCCUCUGAUGCCUCAUCUGCUUCCUCCCAGCAGUCCCAGGCCAAUAUGGAUUACCUGAAGAACAUUGGAGAAGGGGUGGCAGCCAUGCUUAGCCCACUGGGUAAGACCAAGCGAAAAGUGCCAUAUAAUAAUUUCAUCAUUAUUAUCAAUCCAUUGUUUGAAAUAUACUGACUACUCUAAAUUUGAAUGCACUGAAAUUGCUUACUUACCUCUCCAUGUUGCCUGCAGGUAUCGAUGUGGAUAUUGACGUGGAGCACGAGGGGAAGAGGACCAAGGUGAUGACCCCCAACCCGACCCCACCUGGGUCAGGAGGCUACCCCAGUGCUAUGAGUGACAACGGGACAGGGGGGUCCGAGGGAGCAGGGGCUAAAGAGGGAGACAUGGAGGUGGACGAGCUGAGCAGCCUGGGGAGCGCCAGUGGUUUGGCUAAGGUAUGACACGCACUGCUUUUAUAGCUUAGUUAUUUGAUAAUCAAAGUAUACUUUAUUAUCAGACUAAAAAGUCAAUGUUUCAUUCUAAUGAAUGAUAAUUAAUCACAAGUAAUGGGGAAGAAUAAAAUGGCAUCUCUCCGAGAUGGUAUGUGUUGUUAAAUUAUGUAUCUCUCUCUGUGCAGGGUGGUGACGAGGAAUGGACUCACCUGACCUCCAAGGAGGUGGACCCCUCUACAGGAGAGCUCCAGUCUCUCAGGGUGGGCGAGGAGGACUCACUGGAAGCCCUAGGGUCCAUCACCCCUCCCCAGGGUCCCUCACAGGAACCACAGAAGUCCCUCACUCUCGCUGAGGCCGCAGCCUACCCCCACUUGCCUCAAGGUACGAUACAGUUUGAGAAUUCUCAUAUCCUCCAUCACUAGUAUUGUGGUGAUUGCUUAUCCUCCUUGCUAGUAGUAACCACUUCAGUCAGUGGUAGUUAUAGCCCUCAUCACUAGCGGUAGUUGUGACUUCAGUUAGUGGUAGUUAUAUCCCCAGUUAGUGAUGGGCAUCAUAGUCGUUACUUUAGCUCGUGGUUCUUAUAUCCCAGAUUUACUACUAGUACAGUAGUAGUGACUAGUAGAAGUUACUUACAUCAGAGAUUGACCUUCCACUGUGUCCAGAUGCAGACCCACGCCUGGUGGAGUCCCUGUCCCAGAUGCUGUCCAUGGGCUUCACAGACGAGGGUGGCUGGCUCACCCGUCUCCUCCACACCAAGGACUGCGACGUCGGGGCCGCCCUGGACACCAUCCACUACUCCAAACCCCCCCAGAAGUAAAGGGGCCGAAACACAGAACCCUGAGGCACACCACUCUUACAUCCCCCAAUCAUAGCCACGUCACCAAUACUGCCUUCUCUUCUGUCCCUCUAAUCUAAUUCACAUUCUCUGGCAAUUUAGUAGCUCAAGCAAUAAGUCUAUUAGAUCUGAAUAUGUAAUGGUGAAAAUCUCUUGCUAUUUUAAGAUAUAUCUAUCGUACUGACAAUUAAGUAUAAAGGAUUUACUAGUCAGGUAUUUAUCUUAAUGAUAAUUAUGACAAUGUUUCUAUAACCUUUAACUCUUAAAUGUGGUGUUGUUUAACUAAGCGUUAACAGAUACAUGGGUUCAUUUGAAAUUGGAUUGAAAAAAGCAGUACAAAUGUUAACCAACAUAGUAUCAUAGAAUAUUAACUCAAGAGCAAGUACCAUGCAAGUUGCCGAUUAAUCAAGUAACGGUUCUUACUUAUCAUUUAGUGUUAUUAUUGCCAGACAAAUAAAUGGUGUCGUGUUCAUUAUCAGUGUCAACAGAAUCAGGUGAAGGGUGUGAAUCACUGAAAACAUUUCUCCCCUGUCGAGACUAAAUAAAAUACUUCUGCAAAGAAA